UCAUUUUCUUGAUGGGAAAGGUAGGUCAGAUGGGAAACUGAGGCUUGGGGAUCUUUGGUUAUUUAAACAAGGCAGAUGUAGUAAGUGGCCAAAUUCUUUAGCUGGUCAGUAAUGAUUCCUGACCUGCCCCCCAGAAGCUAAGUUAUUACAAUGGUGUGACCCUCCCUGGGUGCCUGGGCCAGUUUUGUCGAGUUGAUUCCAGGGCAGGGGGUUUCCUUUGAGUGAGCUGUGCCUGACCUCCCUGUGUCACCUUGAAGGCUGCAUAGAACAAGUCUAAUUCCAGGGCAGUGCUUCAGGUGUGUGAGGAUAACCAAGACUGUGGUGUGUGUGGAUGGAGGGAGGCCCACCUGGCUUACACAGAAACAGAUGCUGGAAGCCACCUCGGAGAUCUCACAGAAGAAUCUCUGUUCUGUCUUCUAGAGAGCCAUGGAUUUGGUGAUCUGAUGCCUGUGGUCUGCAUUAGAGAACAAACUGAGACUCUUCCCUUUGUCGGAUCCCUCCCUGCUGAGGAAAGCAAACCCUGGUGUUCACUAUUUGAAGAAAUUACAGACUGAAUUAAGGUGCCUCUUGAGUUGGAAAAAGGAAGGACCCCACAAUUUAUGUGACAUGCACUUACCUCCAUUUUAGAAGAUUAAGAAACUGAAGGAUGAUGUCUUAGAGCACUUCUGCCCCGAAGGGCAAGAAAUAAUUCCUCUUGUUGGCCUGAGAGUUGGCAAUGUCAUGGAUGGAGAACCAGCAUUUAUUUCAGGCCUAAUCAGCUGCUUCCUAACUGCAAGCAGAAGCUAUGUGUGUUUGUUGCUCAGUAAAACCAAGGAAGAAAGGCUAUGGCAGCUGACAAAGUCUAUCUGAGUUCAGGGUAUCUUCAGAUUUCAUCAUCAUGGACUUCCUUCCUUCCUUCUCAACCACAAUGUGGUUCGUUUUGCUGUUUGAUAAAGACUAAGGCCAUGUCCCUUGGCCAACAACCAGAACUUAAAAUCUGCUGGAAAAGGGUCAGAAACCAUUUCUGUUGCAGCUAAGGAAAAUGAAAUUUCCAUUUUACUUGAUGCCUGGCACAGGGGAGGGCACCAAUUGUUGUAACAACGCGUGAGUGCACGCAGAGAUUGAGUGUUGUGAAAUAGAAGCUCGUGGUUAUGGCGAGUGACCCAACGUGACCAGAGGUGGCAGGAGCCACAGAGGAACUCAUGACAGGCUAUACCAUGUUGCGGAAUGGGGGCGUGGGCAACGGAGGUCAGACCUGGAUGCUGCGCUGGUCCAACCGUAUCCGGCUCACGUGGCUCAGUUUCACACUGGUCAUCAUCCUGGUUUUCUUCCCCCUUAUCGCUCACUAUUAUCUUAACACGCUGGACGAGGCCGACGAGGCUGGCAAGAGGAUUUUUGGGCCCCGGGCUGGCACUGAGCUCUGCGAGGUCAAGCAUGUGCUGGAUCUCUGUCGCAUCCGCGAAUCUGUGAGCGAAGAGCUCCUUCAGCUGGAAGCCAAGAGGCAAGAGCUCAACAGUGAGAUCGCCAAGCUGAACCUGAAGAUUGAAGCCUGUAAGAAGAGUAUUGAGAAUGCCAAACAGGACCUGCUGCAGCUCAAGAAUGUCAUCAGCCAGACGGAACAUUCCUACAAGGAGCUUAUGGCUCAAAAUCAGCCCAAACUUUCUCUGCCCAUCCGACUGCUCCCAGAGAAGGACGAUGUUGGCCUUCCACCUCCAAAGGUCACACGGGGGUGUCGGCUGCACAACUGUUUUGAUUACUCCCGCUGCCCUCUUACCUCUGGCUUCCCAGUGUAUGUUUAUGACAGUGACCAGUUUGCCUUCGGUAGCUACCUGGAUCCCCUCGUCAAGCAGGCUUUCCAGGCCGCCGCACGAACCAACGUCUAUGUUACAGACAACGCCGACAUCGCCUGCCUUUAUGUGAUGCUGGUGGGAGAGAUGCAGGAGCCCGUGGUACUGCGGCCCGCUGACCUUGAGAAACAGUUGUAUUCUCUACCGCAUUGGCGGACAGAUGGGCACAAUCACGUCAUCAUCAAUCUGUCACGGAAGUCAGACACACAGAAUCUGCUGUACAAUGUCAGUACAGGCCGUGCCAUGGUGGCCCAGUCCACCUUUUAUGCUGCCCAGUACAGACCUGGCUUUGACCUGGUAGUAUCACCACUAGUCCAUGCCAUGUCAGAACCCAACUUCAUGGAAAUUCCACCCCAGGUACCCGUGAAACGGAAAUAUCUCUUCACUUUUCAGGGUGAAAAGAUUGAGUCCCUGAGAUCCAGCCUUCAGGAGGCUCGCUCGUUUGAAGAAGAAAUGGAGGGCGACCCUCCGGCCGACUAUGACGAUCGGAUCAUUGCCACACUCAAAGCAGUCCAGGACAGUAAGCUAGAUCAGGUCCUCGUAGAAUUUACCUGCAAAAACCAGCCGAAGCCCAGCUUGCCUACUGAGUGGGCACUGUGUGGGGAACGAGAGGACCGCUUGGAAUUACUGAAGCUCUCCACCUUUGCCCUCAUCAUUACUCCUGGGGACCCACACUUAGUUAUUUCAUCUGGGUGUGCAGUACGGCUCUUCGAAGCCUUGGAGGUCGGUGCUGUCCCCGUUGUGCUGGGGGAGCAAGUACAGCUUCCUUACCAUGACAUGCUGCAGUGGAACGAGGCGGCCCUGGUGGUACCCAAGCCGCGGGUCACCGAGGUCCACUUCCUGUUACGGAGCCUCUCUGACAGUGAUUUACUGGCCAUGAGGCGCCAGGGUCGGUUUCUCUGGGAGACCUACUUUUCCACUGCCGACAGUAUUUUCAACACUGUGUUGGCUAUGAUCAGGACUCGCAUACAGAUCCCAGCCGCUCCCAUCCGGGAAGAGGUGGCAGCUGAGAUCCCCCAUCGUUCAGGCAAAGCUGCUGGAACUGACCCCAACAUGGCCGACAAUGGGGACCUGGACCUGGGGCCAGUGGAAACAGAGCCACCUUAUGCCUCGCCCAAAUACCUCCGCAACUUUACUCUGACUGUCACUGACUUUUACCGCAGCUGGAAUUCGGCUCCGGGGCCUUUCCAUCUUUUCCCCCACACUCCCUUUGACCCUGUGUUACCCUCGGAGGCCAAGUUCUUGGGCUCAGGGACUGGAUUUCGGCCUAUAGGUGGCGGGGCUGGGGGCUCCGGCAAGGAGUUUCAGGCUGCUCUUGGGGGCAAUGUGCCGCGAGAGCAAUUCACAGUAGUGAUGCUGACUUACGAGCGAGAGGAAGUGCUUAUGAACUCCUUAGAGAGACUGAAUGGCCUUCCUUACCUGAACAAGGUUGUGGUGGUGUGGAACUCUCCCAAGCUACCGUCAGAGGACCUUCUGUGGCCGGACAUUGGCGUUCCCAUCAUGGUGGUCCGGACUGAGAAGAAUAGUUUGAACAACCGAUUCUUGCCCUGGAAUGAAAUUGAGACAGAGGCGAUCCUGUCAAUUGAUGAUGAUGCUCACCUUCGCCAUGAUGAAAUCAUGUUUGGGUUUCGGGUUUGGAGGGAAGCUCGGGACCGCAUUGUGGGCUUUCCCGGCCGAUACCACGCUUGGGACAUCCCUCACCAGUCCUGGCUGUACAACUCCAACUACUCCUGUGAGCUGUCCAUGGUGCUGACAGGUGCUGCCUUCUUUCACAAGUAUUAUGCCUACUUGUAUUCAUAUGUGAUGCCCCAGGCCAUCCGAGAUAUGGUGGAUGAAUACAUCAACUGUGAGGACAUUGCCAUGAACUUCCUGGUCUCCCACAUCACUCGGAAGCCCCCAAUCAAGGUGACCUCACGGUGGACUUUCCGGUGCCCGGGAUGCCCGCAGGCCCUGUCGCAUGAUGACUCCCACUUCCACGAGCGGCACAAGUGUAUCAACUUCUUUGUCAAGGUGUACGGCUACAUGCCCCUCCUGUACACCCAGUUCAGGGUGGACUCUGUGCUCUUCAAGACCCGCCUGCCCCACGACAAGACCAAGUGCUUCAAGUUCAUCUAGGGCCAUCCCACAUUUUGGUGAGAAGGUGGGCAGAGUGAAGAGAUGGUUCCUAAGGUCCCCAGGUAUGGAAGGACCUCGGCUCCAUCUGCCGGGCAGGUGGCCCAGUCGUCUGCUGGGAGAGGCAGCGGGCAGAAUGCAGAGGAAGAAGCUCCAUUAGGUCGAAGUCAGCCACACUGGACCUGGAACCCUGGUCAGGAGACCUGGAGUCCCACACAGGGCACUGCCUGAUAGCUUACACUGAGGACUGUGGGGACCCUGCAGUCACUCCCGUGGUUCAUAAACCUGGGAUAGCUGGCAUGUGGGUUUAGGUUCAGUAACAACUAUUAUUUAAAGUUCCAGAUUUGCCACUAAAGGCUUAUUUAUAGAGAUGUGUGGUAUGUAUAGACGUGUGUGUUUAUGUGCACACACAUAUACAUACACACACACACUUGGCCAGGGGGGAACUGGACAUUCUCACUGUGUGUUCACCAGGCUGCUUACGCUGUAUGCGCUGAUGGGCAGGGCUUCUGGCCUAGCUGGUAUUGGGCUUGUGAGUAAAGGUCAGUGCCAUUUUCACCAGAAAAAUCUGUGCAAAAACCCAGACAGGAGUGACUUUGGGCCGGUCCCUUCAUCUUUUUGCCCGUCGGCAGUUGUAACCUCUCUGCCCCAUGACAGCCCCGAGGAGCGGGCCACUGUGGACCAGCAGUGUGUCUCUGGGCUGCGUUCUGUGACACUUGAGGCUUCACCAUGAGGCCAGCUUGUCCUAGUGCUGGUCCCAGCUCUCCCAUUCUCUCCUUGAGUGUGAGAGGAGCCAAGCCUGAAGACAGCUCUCCCACAUGGCCUCUUGUCUUGCCCUACCAUGUUGUGGUUCCGGCCCAGGCUUUCCUUCUGAGGAAGAGAAUGAGCAAGAGGAUGGGGGUCCUCAUAGGCUUUGCUUGCAGGCUUGGGUGAGGGGGGCAGCUGGCCCACCAGUCACUCCCUUCCCUGUGGAGCAAGCACGCAGCUUUAGGCCCCCCCAGGUCUUCCGAUGAGGCACGUGCUGUAGGCUAGGCAAAUGCUCUGGUAAAAUUCGGUUUCCCCUCCGCCUUUGUCUACACCUCCAUCCAGUGUUCCACACGGGGCCAGGUUGUCUUUAGGAUCCCCUGAGGUUUCGCUUUGGGAUGUGCUAGAGAGAGGAGAGGCUGUGUCCCUACGGAAGUGCAAAUCCAGUCUUGAAAUGGAACGCUGGCUUGUGCCUAUGUUUCUGCUGGCUUGCUUUGUUGAAACUGCCAUUUCCUGGGUGCCAGCCGAAACAGGGAGGGUGCGUGUGUGUGUGUGCAUGUACGUGUGUGUAGGGGGGAGUCGCUGGGGAGCCAGGGAGGCAGUCAGUGGUGUCUGUCAGGCACUGAGCCUUGGUUCCUGUUCUCCUUAGCCCCCGCCUUUGAAUUGAGGACAGGAGGUCUCCUAGAGUGGAACAAGGUGCAGGUCUGUCCUGGUCACGCACAUGCCUUAUGCCAGCUUGUCUUCCCUAAACCUUGACACCGUGUGCUGCUUUAUCUUGGGUCUGUUCUCUGACCUGCUGCAAGCGGACGGGCUCUUUCGUGCAGCAACCACCUCGCUGUAGAACAAGUGUGACUCACUGGGAAUGCUGUUCACCAGCCAGCAGACCCAGGGCCGCUCCUUGAGGCGGCUGCCUGGGAAAUGGGGUCGUGCUUCUCAGAGGCCUACCUGUGUACAUGUGGCUGCAUUUCUUCCUGUGAUGUGAGGAACCUGUAUGCAUGUACCUGGUGAGAAGGGAGCAAUUCGUGGGUCCCUGGGUGUGGCUGACCUCACUGCGAGCAGCUGCGUGGUGUGCGGUCUGGCUGACCAGAGGCGGCGCCAAAGAGAGCACUAUGUCCAGCAAGGCCAGCACUGGCCAGACCUGGAAGAAUUCUAAGCCUGAAGGACUCCAAGUGUCAGGCGUUGGCUAGCUUUCCAUUUGUCAGGAUGCACGUCACGGGUGGGAGGCUGGGAGCUGGCUGUUGCAUGGUGUGUGGUUAGAUGCUCCUGGGCACAACUGCCCACCUGCAAGGUGGGAGAGGGUGAGUCCCGGGGCUGUGCCUCGAUGCUGCUGCUCACUCUGGGAACCCAUCCAGCCAGGACUCCCCAAUAUGGGAAAGUGGCUGGGUAGGUCCCAAGGGUCUCCUUAGCUGGCUGUGGGUCAUUUCUUGUUCCCUAGUCUCAGCACUUGGGCUUAGGAAGGCCCGGCUUCCUGGUCAGCCUGUGCGCCAUUCGCUACACAGGCUUGUUCUGCGGGCUCCUCUGGGCUGGAGCACCCAGCACAGGGCACCCUGACCCAUGGGCUCUUGUCCACAGGUGGGGAGUGUUCUCAGUGGCUGCUGGGAAGAGGAGGUGGCAGGAUUUUGAGGGUGAGCUCUUUGAUAUCCGUACCAUGUCCAGUUGCCUCAACCCCCUGUCCAAUCAUGAGCACAAUGGUCUUAUGUUGGAUUUUUGUAUUAAAACAGAAAAACCCAAAAAUAAAUGGAAACUUUAAC